AUGGACGACGACGACGAUGUUGACUUUUUCCUACGCAAGCCGUUGGCGAGCAAGUCGAAGCCGAAACCCAAGGCGAAAGCGUUGAUAAGCGUUGCGAGCUCAUCUAGCUCGAAUGCAGCCAAAACGUCUAGCGGAAAUGCACACGCGAGAUUGUCAGUGGCUGCGAGUUGCAGCUCGGAUUGCGCAGCCCUUGCGCCAGAGUUGAUCGAAAUCUCGGACGAUGAAGGCUCGACCGAAGUGGUGCAGAUCGACCUGAUCGAGGGAGAAGACGAAGAUGAAGACGGGGAACUCGCCGUUCUGUAUAGCAGCGAAGUCAGCAUUGACAGCGACGACAGCGACGCAGAUCAACGCAGGACAAAACGUCGCAGAAGCAAAAAGAAACGCAUCCACACUCUUCCCGCCUGGGCUUCACACGGUGUUUAUCGGCAACGAUCGCAAGAAGCGUGUUCAUCCUCAGCCUCAGCAGACGCAGCAGACGCAGCUGACGUUGACACACGACCUGAAUCCAUCAACAAGCACGUGUCAUGCACACAGACAGCUUCAAAAGCUUUGCAAACCCAGACUCAACCCGACACCAAUACCAGAGCGAGGCGUGAGAGUCUUACACCUCCACCAGCCCCCUCGGCUGAAAAGCUUGAAAUGGCACGCGAACUCGUCAACCGAACCAUUGCCAGCAAGUUUGGCACCUCGGCUUCAUCUGCUACAGCUGGAGCAGCUGCAACUACAUCUUGGAGCUCGACCGGGCUGUCUUCAAACAGCGGGUUGGCAUCUCGUUGUCGCAUACCAACGGCAGGUCCGACCGAUGCUACCAUACCAGCGUAUGGUCAGCCUCAUUUGGCUGCUGAUCCAUCGUCGGGGUUGUCAGCAGGUGCAAGCAGGCGCGAUUGCGAUGACGAAGUCGGCGUCAACGAGCAAAUUGACUGGGAUCCGGAUCUGGCCCGUUUGAUGCGUGGCGAGAAGGCCAAGCAUAUUCGCGAGAAAGCCAGGCGCUUGCAGCAGGAACGCGAUCAACGGAGGAGACAGCUACAAGCCGAACGGCAGCGAUCCGAGUCGCAGAGUGCGCAAAGUGCAGCCGAGACUUGGGCACAAUUUGCACGUACGCAGUCGGCGCCACAGCAACCGACGAUGACGAGUGCUACAAGACAUGAUGUGAUCGACAGUGACGACGAAGUGGAAUUCAUUGCGCGACCACCGAAAAGAAACGCAGCCUCACGACGGCGUGCUCGAUCCUCGGUGCCUACCACAAUCGCGCCGUCGACCAACAUCGACACGAUCAUCAUUGACGAUUCGGACGACGACCCAACCCCAAGCAACCCCACCAUGGCUCGCACCAACACAUCUCACCGCACCUCUGCAUCCCCGCCAGCAUGCAAUCCCACCGAAACACUCUCGCUCACCCUGCAAUCCAAACUCGGAUCCAUGGCCGUCACUGUAACGCCAACCACGCUGCUCUCGCGUAUAAUCGAGCAUUUCCACCACACCAAACUCACCAACCACGCCUCAGUCCACCCACACGCCAUCAAGAUCAGCUUCGACGGAUUUGCAUACACACCCAACCAGACCGUGCAAGACAUGGAUGUGGAAGAUGGCGACCAGAUCGAGUUGUCCUGGUCCUGA